UUAAAUCUAUCUCGUUAAGAGUCAUAUUUAAAUUGUCCUACGCUUCUUCUUUUGUCGCUGUGUUAAUUUUUCAAGCGUAUCAAAUGUUCCUUUCUCAAAUGGUUCGUCGUGUUUAUUUAGCAACUCCAUUACGAUAUCUAUCAACUCGAGGUUCUGGUUCAUCCAAAUUAUUCGUUGGAGGGCUUAGCUACGACACUAACGAACCUGUUUUGAAGAAUGAGUUUGAAAAGUACGGUCAAGUCUUAAAUGUGAGAGUAAUAUGUGAUCACAUGAGCGGGAAAUCAAAAGGUUAUGGCUUUGUGGUAUUUGAUUCAGAAGAAGCAGCUGCAUGUGCCUUAGCUUCCAUGAACAAUCAGUUACUCGAAGGCAGAAACAUUAGAGUCGAAUAUGCUCAACCUAAAGGAGGUUUACAUCAGAAUCAGAAUUGAAACUUCAUAUCUGUCGAUGAAAGCACCAUAACUCAGGAAACUGCAUUCACUCUUUUGAAUUGGCAACAGUGUAGAACUCUUGAAAGAUUUUAGUGUUGAGAGUCUUUAGUUGUUUUGU